GCGGCGGCAGCGGGCAUGGCAGCGCGGCGGGCGUGAGCGAGCGGGCGGCGACACCGGCACCGGGCCCGGCACCGGCCCGCAGGCGGCGGUGUCCGACAUGGAUUUCCUCGUGUUCUGCCCCUUUCUGCUGGUGCUGGUGCUGCCCGGGGGCAGCCUGGCAGACCUGGAGAAGCAGAGGGUGGACUCCGGCUUGGAAAUCUAUAAGAAACUGUUUGAGGUGAAGCGCAAGGACCAGAUGAAUGCCCUGAAGAACCUGAUCGAGCUCAACGACGUGAACCAGCAGUACAAAAUCAUCGACAUCAUGCUCAAGGGACUCUUCAAAGUGCUGGAGGACUCGCGGGCAGUGCUCAUAGCUGCGGACGUGCCCCCGGACGGGCCUUUCCCUCAGGAUGAGAAGCUGAAGGACGCCUACUCCCACGUGGUGGAGAAUACGGCCUUCUUCGGGGACGUUGUCCUGCGCUUCCCCAAGAUCGUGCACCACUACUUCGACCGCAACUCCAACUGGAACAACCUCAUCCGCUGGGGCAUCGGCUUCUGCAACCUGACGGGCGUCUUCGAGCGGGGGCCCCACUCCCAGCUCCUGGGGCUGAUGGCUCAGGAGCUGGGCAUCAGCGAGAAGUCCCCCGAUUACCGCAAUCCCUUCAAAGCCGACCACUCCGAGUUCUUCCCCAGCGCUGACACCUUCCAGAAGGCGCUGCGCGAGGAGGAGAAGCGGAGGAAGAAGGAGGAGAAGCGCAAGGAGAUCCGCAAGGGCCCGCGCAUCUCGCGCUCGCAGUCGGAGCUGUAAGCACCAGGCUGCACCUCCACAGGGCCGGCUUCGGGGCGGGAGCCUGGAUCCUGUGCCCACAGGGCUGCUCCCACCCGUGGGGCCGUGCCGCCUCUGCCCGCGGGUGGGCCGGGGAGCCCGCAGUGCUGCUGCUUGUGAGUCUUGGGGUGGUUAUUUUGUGUUUUGUU